CGUCGGGGUCAUUCUCUCACAUUGGUUGCUGGGACGGCGGCGUUUUGGAGUGAGGGUAGCACAUUGAGCUGAAGCUGUGCGGACUGCGGUGGCACAGGGCCAGGCAUCUAUCCCAGGUCUGGUGGGAAUUUGGGACAGGGUCAGCAAUGGAUCUCCAGGGGAUGGAUCUCGUGUGGAGUGCAUGGUACGGAAAGUGCUUCGAAGAGAAAGGGUCGUCGCCACUCUUGGCUCCAAGCAUCGUGGUCGCCUGGCUCAGCAGGGCGGAGUGGGAGCAGGUGACGGUUUACCUGUUCUGUGAUGACCAUAAGUUGCAGCGGUAUGCGCUGAACCGCAUCACAGUGUGGAGGAGCAGGUUAGGCAACGAAUUGCCUCUGGCAGUGGCUUCUACUGCUGACCUGAUACGCUGUAAGCUCCUGGAUGUAACUGGUGGCUUGGGCACUGAUGAACUUAGACUACUCUAUGGCAUGGCAUUGGUCAGGUUUGUGAAUCUUAUCUCAGAGAGGAAGCCAAAGUUUGUCAAGCUCUCCCUCAAGUCUCUGGCUCAGGAGGUGAACAUUCCAGAUUGGGUUGUUGAACUUCGCCAUGAGUUGACCCACAAGAAAAUGCCCCAUAUAAAUGAUUGCCGCAGAGGUUGCUACUUUGUUCUGGACUGGCUCCAGAAGACCUUCUGGUGCCAUCAAUUAGAGAACAGCCUGAGAGAAACCUGGGAGUUGGAGGAGGACAAGAUGGAGACAGAGGAAGAGGACCAAGAAGAAGAGAAGAACACUGCUGAUGACAUCAAAGAACAGAAACCAGAGCCUCAGGAUGAUGGGAAAGGUGCAGAGUUGGAUGUCAGGGCUGAUGGAGAUAGUAAAGUCAGUGAAGAGGUGGAUGCUCAUUUGGCAAAGGCCCUGAGACAUAAGGAGUUGUAUGAAAGAGCCCGAGACUUGCUGGUAUCAUAUGAAGAGGAGCAGUUUAAGGUGCUGGAGAAAUUUAGGCAUUUACCUCAGGCUAUUAAGGCAUGGAAUAAACUAUCCCCGUGUGUAGAAGGCAUCCUGGCAGAGCUCAAGGGCAUUUCAUGGGAGAACAGGAAUGCUGUGCUGGAUGCUUUCUUGGAUGACGGCUUCCUCAUUCCCACAUUUGAGCAGUUGGCAGCUUUGCAGAUAGAAUAUGAAGAUGGUCAGACUGAGGUCCAGAGAGGGGAAGGUACUGACCCAGAGUCACACAAAAACGUGGACUUGAAUGACGUCUUGGUGCCAAAGCCGUUCUCUCAGUUCUGGCAGCCCCUGCUCAGGGGCCUGCACUCCCAGACCUUCACACAGGCCCUGCUGGAGAGGAUGUUCUCUGAGCUGCCAACCUUGGGGGACAGUGGGAUCCGGCCCACCUACAUCCUUAGAUGGACCAUUGAACUGAUCGUGGCCAACACCAAAACUGGAAAGAAUGCUCGCCGAUUUUCUACAAGACAGUGGGAAGCAAGAAGGAGCUGGAGGCUGUUCAACUGCUCUGCCUCCCUUGACUGGCCCCAGGUGGUUGAGUCCUGCUUGGGCUCACCUUGCUGGGCCAGUCCCCAACUCCUUCAGCUAUCAUAUAAUUUAUGACCUGGCUGAACUGAGUCCAGUGUGAGAAUGCUUAGCACAGUGGCCUGCACAGAGUAAGUGCACAAUAAAUGGUAGCUGCUGUUUACUAUCAAACCCAGGUCCUCUGACUCCAAGCCCAAUGAUGUAUCCUCUAUUAGUUUUCCCAAGGUACCUCUGGUAGUUACUCAGCAACUUUAGUAGUUCCCUAUUGCCUUCCUGGUGAAAUGAAGGCUUCUUGGCUCAACAUUCAGAGAUCUUUCUAAUUCUGGCCCUGCCUGUCAUGGUAACCAUACCUCCUGUGAGUCCCCUUUACCCAAUCCACCCUGGGUUCUAAUGGUCAAACUGAAUAUUGUACUGGUUCCUGUAAAUACCUGUGGUUGUCUCUCUUUCCUUCUCUGUCAUGUCAUGACCCGAAACCACUUCCCUCAUUCUCAUGGAUGCCUUCAGCACCUGUUUUUCUUCUUGAUUUCUGGAGCAAUAUCUGUUUCAUUUGGGUGACCCAUCUGACACUGCAGCUCCUCAACUCCAGUGACUUUCAUUCUCCACUACGCUCAGCAACCCAUCUCCAUCACUCAGAGCUAUUUCACCUCUGAAAGCUGACAUUUCAGCAUCCUGCUCGGUGACCACCACCUCUUGUUCUUCUAGUUUUCACCCUUACAUCCCAUGACACCUGCUCUUUGCCUGCAUCCAGACCUCCAUGCUUCCAUUUUCUCCCUCCCUUGACCUUGCUUCUGCCCAGUCCUGUCUGUGGUUGAUUGCUUCAGCCACUCAUCAUCAGCACCCUCAACUCUGCUCAUCCUUUGGCUAUAUCUGACUUGCAAACCCCCAUGCUGGGAUUGAUCCUCCCCACUCUGCUUCCCCUGCUCCUCAGCCCGGGUAGCUGAGCUCUGCUGGAGAAAGCAACAUAGCCCUGCGGAUUGCUGCCACUGCAGAGGUAUGAUUUUUAAUCUCGGGCCAGGCCUCAGUUCUGCUUGUCUGAACUUUGACUUGUUUUCUGACAACUUUUUCUCCCAUUCCCUGACUAUUCUGAACCCUUACCACUUACCUUGAGCCCCUCCCUCUCUCCCAUUUCACCCUAGCUUCUUCGAGCACAUGGAGGCAUCCAACAGGGCCCCCUCGACCUGAGGUCCAGCCCUCGUGAACUGAUCUGCAGCUGCAGUCAACCUCGCCAGUCUCAGGAUGAGGUGGCCUUGCCUCUCCUCAAAGCCUGCUCCUCCACCUGUGCUCUGGAGCCACCUCUGCCAGCAUUGCUGGGGCUUCAGCCCAGCCUCUCACUUGCUCUGCUGGUUCUUGCUCCUCAAUUUAUGAAUGUGUCUGUUUUUCUCCUCUUAAAACAAAACAACAGUAAUAGCAACACAAGAAAAAUCUGCUUUGACCCCACAUUCCUCUGUUGGGUUAUCACCAGCUUAUCACUCCUUCCCCUCUGAUCUCAAAAGAAUAGUCCUCAGCUAAUAAUCUCAAUUUCCUCACUGCCCUCUUACUCAACCAACUAUAAUUUGGUGCUCACCUCUAGAGCUGCUUUGACCUAAUACCAAAUCCAAUGGGCCCUUGUUAGUCUCUGUGUUUACUGCAUUGAAAAUGUUUACUAUUCCCUCCUAGAAAUGCCUGUGCUUAUUACUACUGCCUAUAAAUUGCUAAGGCCUACCUAAAUCUCUUUAUCUAGCCCAGGCAUUCCCCUCCCCCAUGGUUCAGCCUCCUAUACGAAAUAAACUGCAUGCUGAACAUCUCCCCUUGGAGACAUUUUAGUGUAA